CGAUUGUAGGCUAGUUGCUAGCAAUUGGAAGACCACAGCAAAAAUGGCACAGUCCGAAACCCCGGCUCGCAAGAGCCUCAUUCUCAAUGCCUUUGUCGAAAUGUGCAGCGGCCACCAGUCGCCAGGUCUAUGGCGCCAUCUUCGCGACGAGUCCUGGAGAUUCAACGAUGUGCAUCACUGGAUCGAUUUGGCGAAGCUGCUCGAGGAAGCGAAAUUCCACGGCAUUUUUAUUGCUGACGUUCUAGGUGGAUAUGAUGUCUACAAAGGCCCGCGCAAUCUCGAUCCGGCAAUCAUUUCUGGCGCGCAAUGGCCGGUGAAUGAGCCGUUGGCUGUCGUCCCAGCCAUGGCUGCUGCGACCAAGAGUAUCGGCUUUGGUGUAACUGUUGCCACGACAUACGAACAGCCCUAUCAUCUGGCCCGGCGCUUGUCCACUGUCGACCACCUUUCAAAUGGACGAGUCGGAUGGAACAUUGUCACCGGCUAUCUCGACUCCGCAGCUCGCAACCUCGGACGCACCGAACAACCCCAACACGACGACCGUUAUGCCAUUGCCGAGGAAUACGUCAAAGUCACCUACAAGCUUUGGGAAUCGUCCUGGCGCGAUGAUGCCGUUGUACGUGACCGGGAGCGCGGCGUCUACACCGAACCGUCUCGCGUUCGUCUCAUCAACCAUGAAGGGAAAUACUACACCGUCCCUGGUCCACACAUCUGCCAACCCUCGCCGCAACGCACACCCCUAAUCCUGCAAGCUGGAACCUCCAAAGCCGGAAAAACCUUCGCGGCACAACACGCUGAAGCCAUCUUCGUCGCCGGCCACAGCCCAUCAGUCGUCAGCAAAAACAUCACCGAGAUUCGCGAGCUUGCAAAGGCGGAAUUCGGGCGUGACCCACAGAGUUUGAAGUUUCUUGCUCUCUUCUGCCCAGUUCUCGGCCGCACAGAAGAGGAAGCGCAAGAGAAAUUUGCAGAAUAUCGUAAUUUGGGAUCGCUAGAAGGCGCAUUGGCGCUGUUUGGCGGGUGGACGGGUAUUGAUUUGAAUCAGUAUGAUGAUGAUCAGGAACUGAGGCAUGUUGAGAGCAAUGCGAUCAGAUCUGCCGUUGAGGGUUGGUCAAAAGCGUCGCCGGGAGUGGCCAAAUGGACGAAGCUGACAGUCGCGCAACAUAUCACUGUUGGAGGCCUGGGGACGACCUCGGUGGGAACGCCGGAGCAGGUUGCUGAUGAAUUGGAGAGAUGGGUGAGAGAGGCCGACGUUGACGGGUUUAAUUUUGCAUACGCGCUUAAACCUGGCUCAUUUGUCGAUAUCAUCGAAUUGUUGCUGCCAGAACUGCGCAAGCGAGGACUGUUCUGGAAUGAUUAUGCAGUUCAAGGAGGCACGUACCGCGAGAAUUUCUUCGGCAAGCAAGGACAAUCUGGUCCGCGAGAUGACCAUCCAGCGGCCAAGUAUCGGUGGAAGGCUGGUGUUGACGCUGCGGAUCAUAAGAUUCCCGAGAGCUAAGCUUGAAAUGAAUACAUUCAUGGAAGGGAAAGACACGGAGAACAUCAAAAUUCGAU